CUCCACGAUGUCGAAUGGAAUGACACCAUUCUCGACGAUUUAGUCAUUUCAGAUGACCAAAAGCAAUUCAUGCGCGCUCUCGUGGAGUCACAUUCCACAAGCGGCUUCGACGAUUUUGUCCGCGAUAAAGGCAAAGGAUUGAUUGGCCUCUUGGCCGGCCCGCCAGGCGUGGGCAAAACGCUCACUGCAGAAGCUGUGGCGGAGAUAGCCCGGAGACCACUUUACAUGAUCUCUUCUGGCGAACUUGGUUCGGAGCCAGAAUCUGUGCAGAGAGGAUUUGACACCCUCAUGGAGCUUGCUGAGGCAUGGCAUGCUGUCGUGCUCCUGGAUGAAGCUGACGUGUUCCUCGUCGAACGAGACGACACUAACCUGGUCCGCAACGCUAUCACAUCUAUAUUUUUGAGACGACUGGAAUAUUACCAGGGCAUCUUGAUCCUGACCACCAAUCGUCAUGCGAGCUUUGACCCAGCCUUCAAGAGCAGGAUUCAUUUUUACUUGGACUAUCCCGAUCUAGAUGUUGAUAAGCGAAGAAUUCUCUGGAGGAGCUUCAUGGCUCGAUCUGCUGCUAGUGGAAAGGUGACAGUCGACGUUGCAGAACACGAACUCGAAGGACUGGCCGAAUUCCCGCUAAAUGGGAGGCAAAUCAAGAAC